AUGGAUGAAAGAAAUUUGGCACUCUAUGGUCUUGCUAACGGCUACAUUCGCCAGUUGAGAAAGUAUCCUGUGGUAUUAAUAGAAAAAUAUGUUGAAAAAAAAUAUAUGGGGAACUACUAUAAUGGCCUAAACUCACUCAAUAUAAUUAGCUGUUUUACAAACUCAGAUGUAUUUCAUUCGGAUGAAGAAAUUGAAAGGGAUAUAAGAAUAUAA